AUGACUUUUGCUGUCGGUACAAUGGCAGGGCUGGAGCAACCAUCCAAAAUUCACCGGAGAACACGAACCGCCUCGGAGAGCGAGCCGGUUCAUCUCGCUCUUGAGAGUUCUCAAAAGAAACGAAAGCGAAGCCGGAAGAUCCAUUCGGACAGAAAGUUUGAAUGUACCCAUGAAGGUUGUGGCAAGAGUUAUUCACGAGCGGAACAUCUGUACCGCCAUCAACUCAACCAUACCCCCAAGCAGAUCUACCGAUGUGACUUCCCCGAUUGCUAUCGGUCCUUUGUCCGGCAGGAUCUUUGCAUUCGACACCGGGAACGGCACACCACACGGGGAUCUCAGCUUCAAAAACGUGAUUCGUUUGCGCAGGCCGCUUCGAAUACUAACGGCGAACGACACAUUUCUCCCAACACCAAUGGCACACAUGUGGAAAACAAUGUUGCGAGAUCCCCCUCUAUCAACAUGACCCACGGCAAUGUGGAUAUGGCUUCGCAGUCCGCUGGCGGCGCAGGUCGACAUAUGGCCGUGUCUUCUUCUCCCUCUCUAUCCAUGAGGCCAUUCAACUACCAACCCUUGAUGUCGCAGCAUGGCGUGGAAGUUCCUGAUUCCACCUACAGCCGCUCCAACAGCUCGACUAACCACACCAUGAACUCUCCUGCCGGACGAUCAGCGACGGCCUUUAGCCCAUCCGAUGUCCCGAGAGCGUCAUAUGUGCCGCUCAACGGUCGUAACUCGGCCAAUGUGUCGAUAAGCUCUGGUGAUUUGGGGCAGGAUCCCCACUCGCACCAUCAACCUAUCUCGACCGACAUGAAUGGAUCUUCGAUGGUCCAUCCAAGCGCAUAUGGCUCUCAAGGGGGCAUGCAAAUCCCUGUCAGUGGAUACACUGACCUCUCGAUGGCAGCAUCCACCACAGGAACGUCCUUGGCUGGACUGGAUUCCAUGCCUGGAGCAAUGGCGCCAGGACCCGCGGUCGGAGACCCCGGGUUCGAUUCCCUCUCCGCGUAUCCGAUUUUUGGCGGGGAGACUUACAACCGGUCUCCAUUCGCAAUGGCGGAUGAUUUUGCCGCAUGGCUCUUCAAUGAGCCUGUUCCCACUACCUCAUCUCCCGUGGGAUACCCAUCAACUGCUGCAAUGAUGCCGGGUUUUUUAGACCCAACCCAUCCUCAGAAUCAGCUUUUUAUGAGUGAGCCAGCCUAUGGCAAUGUGUUUAACAAUGUGGUUCCCCAUCACCCCAUGAGCGUUACUAGUAUCUUGGACCCGGGGUCUCCACAGUCAAUCAUGUCCGAGGACAAGCGACAGGAACUGCUUCAUCUCAUGGCCACUCGCUUCAACGAGGCUGCAUACUCGGCAGUGGCGAAGCGCAAGGAUGCUCUGAUGGAUGGGGACAUCGACGAUGACAACCAUGUCCUGAGUCAUCGUAUGAUGCAGAUGUACAUUAGUUCCUACUGGUAUCACUUUCACGCCCAGCUGCCGAUUUUGCACCAGCCGACUUUUGAUGCUGACAAGGCACCCAACCUGCUUUUGCUGGCCGUGAUGGCAAUUGGAGCAUCGACACUGGACGAGAUGCACGGUCCCGAAGUCACAGAAAUGGCAUCGGAGCUGGCCAACUUCAUUGCGUGGCAUCUGCGUUGGGAACUCUUCAUGGACGGUGAUUUUCGCCCCCCAGCCAAGGUCUGGAUCUUCCAAGCACUAUUGCUGCUGGAGGUUCAUGAGAAAAUGUAUUCCACACGUGCGUUGCACGAGCGGGCACAUAUCCACCACGACACCACCUUGACCUUGAUGCGCCGUGGCAGUUCCCUUAUCUGUCGCUCCUCGUUUGACUCGCCGGCGGGCAUGCGAGACGACCGACGGGCUCGGUCGACACCUGGAUCGGCGACGACUUCAGAAUUCGUGGUGGAUGAAUCGUGGGCAAACUGGAUCGAAUCCGAGGCAACCAGGCGUGUUGCAUUUGCUGCCUUUGUGCUUGACUCAACGCAUGCCACGAUGUUUGGACAUUCGGCCAAGAUGGUGGCUCAUGAGCUCCGGCUGCCUCUACCAUGCGACGAGGCACUUUGGUCAGCGACCAGCGCUUCCGAGGUGGCUCGCGUUCAAUCCAGCCUGCAUGCCAAUGGGGUUAAACCGACCAUGUUCCUCGAUGGACUGAAGCGGACUCUCAACGGGCAGCGUGUUCGGACCAACGCCUUCGGUCGAUCCAUUCUCAUGGCCGGGUUGCUCAGUGUCAGUUGGCACAUGAACCAGCGGGACCUCCAAGUGAGCUCACUCGGCGUUCCACAUGCGUUGGGUGGAAGGGACAAGUGGAGGUCAGCCCUUCUGCGAUCCUUUGACAAUUGGCGCCGGGACUUUGACGAGGCACUGGGACAGUCGGGGCCCCUGUCCUAUCCGAACAUGUAUCGCACACGGCACCCUCUGAACGAGGAGAGUGUUUUCGAGUCUCGCGAUGUACUGCACGGACUGGCCCACAUGGCUUCUCAUGUUGACAUCGUGGAUUGCCAGAUUUUUGCAGGAGCCAAGCGACUGAUGGGUCGGUCCAUCACGGCUCGGGACUACAACACGGCACGGGAGAAGAUGACUGAACGCUGGGCGACCAAAGCAUCUGCCCGAGACGCCACAUUCUACGCACUCAAGUUUCUGUCGAGCUGUCUCUUGAGUAACAACUCCGGGCCCGAUGGUGUGUAUUCGGCUCGGAAUGACAAUCUGCUCAACCGGCCAUGGGUGCUCUACGUGGCCGCGUUGGUGGUCUGGUGCUACGGGUUUGCAUUAGAUGGCCCCAUCAGCUCGCCGGUCGAGCUGACGACGGUGGCCGAACAACAACGUGACAUGCAUGCUUUCCUGCGACGAGUCGGCGGCGUGCGGGAGCCCAACGAUCUGGAGAGCAUGAAGGGUCGCAACCAAUGCCUGGGAUUGCUGAUGAUUCUCCGAGAUGGGUUCCUCAACACCCGCUGGGAGCUGCUCGAGGAGGCAGUCAACCUGCUGGACAGCUGCAUUGACAAAUCGAAGGGUUGA